CUUUUACCUGUACCAGCGCCACGGGGGAGUCGUCCGCCCACCUUCCGCUGCGUUCGCUGGCUGCCCCUCCGCGCCUUCCAGACGGCCGAGAAAAUCCUCUCGACUUCUUUCUGGGAUUCUGUCGUCUUGAAACGGAAUGAUGAAGCUGCUACAUAUUGCUCCUUUUCUUUUGCUUGCCUUUACAGCUUUGGAAGCCCGACCAAAAUUCUUAGCCACUAAGUGUAAGACCGGUCCCCUGGACAUCGUCUUUGUGAUCGACAGCUCACGCAGCGUCCGUCCCUUCGAGUUUGAGACCAUGCGGCGCUUCAUGAUCGACAUCAUUCAAAAUCUGGAUAUUGGGCCUAACGCUACGCGGGUCGGGGUAAUCCAGUAUUCCAGCCAGGUUCAGAAUGUCUUCUCCCUCAAGUCCUUCUUCAGCCGGGCUGAAAUGGAGAAGGCCAUCAACAGCAUCAUCCCAUUGGCUCAAGGAACAAUGACGGGACUGGCCAUCCAGUAUGCCAUGAACGUGGCCUUCACCACACAGGAGGGGGUGCGGCCGCUUCACAAGAAGAUCCCGCGAGUGGCCGUGAUUGUCACCGACGGGCGGCCCCAGGACCGCGUGACCGAUGUGGCGGCUCAGGCGCGAGCGGCUGGCAUUGAAAUAUAUGCUGUGGGCGUGCAGCGGGCGGACAUGAACUCCUUGCGGGCCAUGGCGUCACCCCCUCUGGAGGAGCACGUGUUCUUGGUGGAAUCCUUUGACCUCAUCGAACAGUUUGGCAAACAGUUCCAGGAUAAGUUGUGUGGUGUCGAUAUGUGCACCGAAAUGGACCACGGCUGCCAGCACACUUGUGUCAGUAUCCCAAGCUCUUUUUAUUGUCAGUGUAAACCAGGAUACAAGCUGAACGCCGAUGGAAAGACAUGCUCCGUCAUUGAUGCAUGUGCUGAUGGGAGACAUGGCUGUGAGCACCAAUGUGUCAGUUCCCAUGGGUCCUACACUUGCCGCUGCCGGACAGGCUAUCAACUCAACCAGGACAAGAAGUCGUGCAGCAUGAUCAAUUUUUGCAACUUUGGCAAUCACAGUUGCCAGCAUGAAUGCGUUAACAUCCUCAAUGGAUUCUAUUGCCGGUGUCGUGAUGGCUACACGCUGCAGGCUGAUGGCAAGGCGUGUCGGGCCAGUGACCUCUGCAACAGUGUAGAGCAUGGAUGUGAAUUUAAAUGUGUCAGCACCACAGGCUCUUACCACUGUGUUUGCCCAGAGGGUCAGCAGCUACAGGCAGAUAAGAAGACAUGUAACAAAUGCAAAGCUGGGCACAUCGAUCUGGUGAUGGUGAUUGACGGCUCCAAGAGCGUCCGGCCUCAGAACUUUGAGGUGGUGAAGCAGUUUGUGAACCAGAUUGUGGACUUCAUGGAUGUGUCUCCUCACGGCACCCGCGUGGGGCUGGUCCAGUACUCCAGCCGCGUGCGCACAGAAUUCCCCCUCAACAAAUACACGACAGCUGCUGAUGUCAAGAAAGCAGUGCAGAGGGUGCAGUACAUGGAGAAGGGCACCAUGACCGGCUUGGCCCUCAAGCACAUGUUGGAGCAUAGCUUCUCUGAGGCGGAAGGGGCCCGGCCUCUUUCCCAGAACGUACCCAGGAUUGGCCUGGUCUUCACCGAUGGGCGCUCGCAGGAUGACAUCUCAGAGUGGGCCAGAAGAGCAAAGGAGUCAGGGAUUGUCAUGUUUGCGGUUGGCGUUGGAAAAGCUGUUGAGGAGGAACUGAGAGAAAUCGCUUCUCAGCCAGUGGAACAGCACUUCUCAUACUCGGCAGACUUCAACACCAUGACUCAUAUUGUCGACAAUCUCAAACUCAACAUCUGUCCUGAGGAGGGCAAAGGGGAAACUGAAUUCCGUAACCCGUGUGAAUGUGAGGCCCUGGUACAGUUCCAGUCAAACACUCUUGCAAUCCUGGAAGACCUCACUGAUAAAAUUGCCCAGAUGACUGCCCGACUUGACCAGUUGGAAAACCAGAUCGCUGGCAAAAAAUGAUCGCCACGGACACCCACCCUACAUUUGGGACACAGAUUCAGCCUGUAGCUCAUCAUCGGCAUUCCUAGACCCGUUGUAAAUGGUCACCUGUUCUUAUAUCACAGGAUCC